AAGUAAUUCUCACUCUUAUGAUAAUGAAGGUUUCCAUCUUGGUCAUCUUCUUCAUCUUCUUGUUUACUAUGAGUGAACAUAUUUUAGAAACAAGUGAUAUUAUGCUUCCAUCAGAGGCUGAUGAGGGCAAAAACGACAAUGAGAUCAAGACGUACAUCAUUCACUUAGCAAAGCCCGAGACGAGGAAGCUCCUAGGCAAUGAAGAGUUGGAGAGCUGGCACAAGUCCUUUCUUCCAAACUUGACAUUGGACUCCGGUGAGCUGCGGCUAGUGUACUCCUACUUCGAAGUAAUGACUGGAUUUGCGGCAAGGUUAACACCUAAUGAAGUUAAAGCCAUGCAAUGCAUGGAUGGCUUCCUGCAUGCAGAGUUGGACAUUCAGAGAUCACAACCCAGACCACGUACAGCCCUCAUUAUUUGAGGUUAAGUGAUCCAUCAACUGGAAUAUGGCACACGGAAUCCAACAUGGGAGAAGGCAUCAUCAUUGGAGUGAUAGACUCAGGUGUCCCACUGAACCACCCAUCAUUUUCUGACGAUCAAAUGCCUGCAAAACCGGCCAACUGGAAUGGAAGCUGCAACUUCAACAACUUCACUUGUAACAUGAAAAUCAUUGGGGGUGGAACAUAUGGAAAUGGCAGUAAUGGAAAUAGACCACCACUGGACACAUGUGGACAUGGGACCCACGUGGCGAGCAUAGCCACCGGGAAUUUUGUGAAGGAUGCCAUGGUUGUUGGCAAUUUCAAGUACACAGCCUCUGGGAUGGCCCCCAGAGCUCACCUAGCUAUCUACAAGACAUUCUAUAAACGAGCUGAUAACCUGAAAAGCUUUGAUAGGGCAAUAGCUGACGGAGUGGACAUCAUCAAUUUUUCUAUAGGCGGCAAUGAAACUGCGAACUUUUACAAUGAUGAAGCUGCCUUCUCUGGCUAUAAGGCCACAAAGAAGAAUAUCUCUGUCUCAGUCUCCGCAGGUAACAAUGAUGGAGAGCCAAAAUCCUUAAGUCACACUGCGCCUUGGCUCACAGUAGUUGGCGCAAGCUGGCUAGAUAGGAGGCUUGCAGCAGCAGUGAAGCUGGGCAAUGGGGAAGAGUUUAUAGGAGAAACUGGGUUUUACCAGCCAACUCAUUUCAACUCAUCCAUCUUCCUUCCAAUUAUAUACCUUGGAGCUAACAACAAAACACAGGCUUUAGAUUGCUUGAGUGGUUCCUUGAAUGGGAUCAAUGUGACAAAUAAGAUAGUGUUAUGCCAGGCUGGUAAUAAAAAUGUUGACAAAGGACGUGUUGUUCUCUCCGGUGGUGGGGCAGGCAUGAUUCUCUUGGGUCUAAUAAUGAACACCCAAAAUGACAAACAUGUUCUUCCAGUAUCUCAUGUCAACUCUGACGAUGCCGAGAAGAUACUGGAGUACUACAACUCACCCAGAGAAUCACCUCCCAAUGCUACCUUUGUAUUCAAAGGGCAAGUAUCCGGUCGGCGCCCAGCUCCAGCUAUCGGUAGCUUCUCUUCAAGGGGUCCUAGUAUAUGGAAUGGUGGUAUUUUGAAGCCAGACGUAAUUGCACCUGGCCAUGUGAUUCUCGGAGCAUCCAUUCACAAAGGCGGUCCCUUCAAUAAUUAUUUCCAGUUCAAAAGUGGCACAUCCAUGGCAUCGCCUCAUGUAGCAGGAGUCAUGGCUUUGCUCAAGAAGAAAUACCCAUCAUGGUCUCCAGCGGCCAUCCAAUCAGCAAUAAUAACAACUGCAGAUGAUGUUGAUCUCGCUGGGAAUCCAUUCAUUCACAUGAAAACCUGGAAGGCAUCCAACAUCUUUGAUCGAGGAGCAGGACAUAUCAAUCCCAUUAAAGCAAUGGAUCCAGGCCUCAUCUACGACCGUGACUUCGAUGAUUACAUUGGCUACAUGUGUUUUCUUAAUUAUAAUCCCACCUAUAUGCAACGUUUCAAUAGCAGAAAAGUGGAUUGUGCUAAAGAGAAGAAGAUCAAACCAUCCCAACUGAAUUAUCCUUCCAUCAUGGUAACUUUGAGUUCCAACUCUCCAAAUGAGACUAUUAUGAGGACAGUGACCAAUGUAGGCAAUGCCAAUUCUGAUUACACACCAAUAAUUUUUCAUCCAGCCAAUGCAAGCUUGAUCCUCUCUAUAAAUAGACUCCACUUCUCUGCUCAAAACCAGCAAUUAAGUUUCAAUGUCACAAUAACCAUUGUGCAACCAACUCCUGUUAAGGGCAUGAUAUCUGAAGGAAAACUAGAGUGGGUAUCAACAUCAGGUGGCCAUGUCGUUCGAAGCCCCAUUGCUGUCAUCUUUGGCUGAGCCAUUUCUCAUUUAUGUGCAUGCGUCAUCCAUGGUUCCUUGAUCAUAAUGCUUGCUACUACAAUAAUAAUGUUUGUUUCCUUUUCAUGCAUGAUCUCACUUUGUAUUGGAAUGAUUAUUAAUUCACAAAUGAAAGGGAACUUGC